AUGGAUAACGAAAACGAUAUUUUAGGCAGAGCCUACGAAGUAGAAAAAAGAUACGUGCAUGUGAUGGAUACUGAGGAUAUUUUAGGCAGAGCCUACGAAGUAAAGAAAAGUAACCUAUGUACUAUGGAAGAAGAAAGGGAUAUCUAUAGACAUUGGAUAGCACGAAACAAGACAUACUGCAGUGAUGAGCAGGAGAUGUAUAUUCGUUUUGCUAAGUCAAAGAAACUGACUGUGUUUGAUCAUUACAAAGAACAUUACAUCAUUUUUGACUCUUUGGAUACAUACUGGGAAAUGCUCGAUAACACACCAAAAGAAUACCGAUGCUUCGAAGAAGUUGUGUUUCACGAUAUUCCGCAAUCACCUGUCAUAGAGAUUGGUGUAUCCUCUGAUGUUAGAUACCCCGGCACUAAGAUUGUGGAGAUUCUUCGCACUACACUCGACACAAUGCAAAAAAUAUUUCGCACGGAAUACACUGAUUACACUAACAUUGCCCGUAUCCCUUCGACGCUGGAUGAUUUUGUAGUUAUGGACGAGAUUGUACAAAGAGACGGGAAAUGGCAUUAUUUCUUUCAUAUCCAAACCCCUUCGUUCUAUUUUCCGAACUAUUCCUAUUGUGCGGAGUUCCGUGAAAGACUCUGUGCCUCACUUCCUUGCCACAUUAGUUCUUUGAUUGCACGUCCUACUGAAUAUAUCUACCAGCUUGUUGGCAUUUCUGGUUCAUAUUUACUUAGUCUCGACAACAAUAAACGUAUCACACCUUAUAGCCAAUUUCUCGACACCCGUACUUCUGUUGACAAGAACGAUUUGUUCGUUUCACGUUUUUCUGUCAUGCAAGACCCCACCGCAUAUGAACUACUUCGCCUCAAAAACACCUAUCAGUCAUCCUCCAUACCACAGUCCCCUCCAGAAGGUAUUUGCGGAUAUUCCGAAAUAGCAAACAAGAGUGAUACUGAUUAUUGUGGCAAUACUCAUUCCGUCGCUCAGCAUGAUGUGAUCAUCCCUGCCGACAAAGGGGACAUACCAAGUAAUCAUGCACCCAUUCGGGUUGUUCAGGCACCUGUGGUCAGCUUAAGACAAGAAACAGGAAAAAUUGUAGAAUGCAAUAACUCCGUUGCAUUUGCGGAGUCCACUGGAAUGAACGAAAAAAUACUCCAUGAACACAGUUUAGGUGAAGUUCCUAUAGAGUCUGAUGAAAACAUUACUGUGGGCAAUGGCCAACAAUCCAUGGCAAAAACUUCUUCUUACGUGUCCAUUCCUUGUCCAACCAUUUUUAUUACUGAAUCAUCGGCCAGCAAAUUUCGGACCCAUGCAAUCGACCAAAACACUUCAGCAGUCUACACUGCAAUAAAUUGCAUAGUUAUUCUUCUCGGUAUCUGUAAAAAAUAUGGACGACGCAGUUCGAGAGAGACUGAAACGCACCGGAAUACAAAUACGAGGAUUAAGCACUACGUAUCGCCAGGUAAAGGAAAAUGUUCGUUGCCAAGUGUCUUGUUCUCCCGAAAAAAUACUGCAGCAAGAUGUACAUGGGAAUGCAGAAAAACCCUUCACAGUAGAGGUAAUCAGAAUAAAGAAAUUACUAGAUCAGUAGACAACAGGCCGAAACUAAUCAUGGAUCUGAAGAAUUGUCAAUGGCCAUGGGACAAUCAUAAUAAUAGCAUGCUUUAUUUUCGAACAACUAAUUUACAAAUGGUACGUUUGAUAGUUGAUAAUCAAUGGGAUAAUGUGUGUGGAGUCAUUCCAUUCCGUAAUAGUCAAAAUCUCGGUCACUGGGCUCACACUAUAUGUGAUGAAGGGUGUUUCGAGAAAAUAUGCUAUCGGAAACCAGAAAAGUAA